AUUUUCCUACACAUAUUUUUCAUCACAACAAACAUAUACUCUGCAAAAUGUCUAUGACUGUCGAGGACAGCGCCCCAGGACGCGAGGGAUUCCCCCGACCCUUCCCCAACACGCCUACCAAUGUGUUGGAACAAUUUCGCCUAGACGGCAAAGUUGUCGUGGUUAAUGGCGCUGCAGAUGGGAUCGGUCUGGCGGUAGCACAGGCUAUGGCUGAAGCUGGGGCUAAUGUCGCUUUGUGGUAUAACUCGAAUGAUGCAGCAAUUGAAAAGUCUCAAGAACUGGCAAGUCUACAUAACGUGAAAUCAGCUGCCUACAAGGUGGAUGUAUCUGAGUCAACACAGGUUUCCAGCACUAUGGAACGGGUCGUUGAGGAUUUCGGCAAGAUUGAUGUUUUCGUUGCCAAUGCAGGAAUGGCUAUUUCCAAGCCUAUCUUGGAGCAAACUCUUGACGAAUACCAGAAGCAAAUGUCUGUGAACGUCGACGGAAUUGUCUACUGCGCCAAAUACGCCGGCCACGUCUUCCAACGCCAGGGCUUCGGUAACCUCAUCGUUACCUCAAGCAUGAGUGCCCAUAUCGUCAACGUACCAGUUGAUCAACCCGUAUACAACGCCACAAAAGCAUUUGUCACUCACUUUGGAAAAUCUCUGGCCCGUGAAUGGCGCGAUUUUGCUCGGGUCAAUAUUGUCUCUCCGGGCUUCUUCGACACCAAGAUGGGGGCCGGCCCUGAUUGUCUUAAUGAAGCGUACCGUAUGUCUUCUCUGGGUAGACAGGGGCAUGUGAAGGAGAUUAAGGGAUUGUAUCUCUACCUUGCGAGCGAUGCUUCGAGUUAUAUGACUGGAAGUGAUGUGCUUAUUGAUGGUGGGUAUGUUUUGCCUUAA